GCCUAGCAUCCGCACCGGCUCGCACCUCGCAUCUGCAGCAGCACCCGUCCGCUCCGCGCGCCGCAGCAGCCAUGGCCCCCACGCCCGAGGCCGCCGCGCAGGCCGCCUCGCGCACUGCCGCCCGUGCCGGCGCCCGUGCCGAGCAAAGCGCUUCGUCCUUCUCGCGCUGGGUCGAGCAGCACCGCCUGCUCGCCAUCUCGCUCGGCCUCGGCACGCUCGCCGUCGGCGGUGCGGCCGGCUACUACUUCUUCGCCGGGCCUCGCACGCGUGGCGGCGCGCCGCCGCCGGCAUCGGGCACCUCGAGCCCGCGCCUCUCCUCCGAGAAGGCGGCGGCUGGAGGGGAGAAGAAGAAGAAAAAGAAGAGCAAGGGCGGCAAGAAGAGCGCCGCCGCUGACGCCGGCUCGCUGCCGGCGCGCGAGGACGGCCCGCUGCUGGAGGAGGCUACGGAUGAGGAGCUCUUCCUGCUCUCUGAGGACGCCAUCCGUCGCAUUCCGGAGGACCGCCGCAAGGACUUGGCGCAAAAACUGAAGCUGCUCGGCAACAAGGCCUACUCGCGGCGCGAGUUUGACGCCGCGGUGGGCCACUACACAAAAGCCAUUGCGGCGGACCCGCAGGCUGUCUUCUACAGCAAUCGCGCAGCCUGCUACUCGAACCUCGGGCGGCCAGCAGAUGUGGUGCCGGACUGCGACGAGGCGCUGCGGAUGGACGCGACCUAUGUCAAGGCGCUGAACCGCCGCGCUGUGGCGCGCGAGCAGCUUGGCGGCGACGCGGCGGAGGAGGGGCCGCAGGGCGAGGAGGCACGUGCGACGCUCUUCAAGAGUCUGGUCGACUUCACCGCUGUCGGCAUCCUGGGCCAGUUCAAGGACCAAAGCGCCAUCGACGCCGUGGAGCGGGUGCUGAAGAAGAUUGCCUCGUCCAAGGCCAAGGAGAUCCUGCGGACACGGGAGCCGCGGCUGCCGUCGCCCACGUUCGUGACUGCGUACCUCGAGGCCUUCCGGUCAAAGCCGCGGCCACAAUUGCCGGCCUCGCCGUCGCGCGGUGACAACCAGCUGAUGCUGGCAUACGACGCCAUCGAGGCGCGCAACUACCCGCACGGCUUCACGUUGCUCAACGAGUCGCUCAGCAACGACGCAGCCGAGGACAAGCUGAGCAGCGAGACGCUCGAGGCCAUGGCGCUCAACAUGCGCGGCACGUUCCGCUUCGUCAUUGGCGAUGCGCCGGGCGCGCUCGAGGACCUGGAGCGCAGCACGACGCUGCUGCCCGGCUACGCGCAGACGUGGGUCAAGAAGGCCAGCGUGCACAUGGAGCUGGGCGACAAGGACGAGGCGUUCCGCGACUUUGACCGCGCCACGACGGCGGACGCGAGCGACCCGGACAUCUACUACCACCGCGGCCAGGUGCACUUUAUCCUCAGCGAGUUCGACGAGGCCAUCACGGACUACAAGAAGUCGACGGAGCUCGACAACACGUUCAUCUUCUCGCAGGUGCAGCACGCCGUGGCGCGCUACAAGAAGGGCGAGACGGAGCGCUCGAUGCACGAGUUCAAGAAGCUGCUGCGCACGUUUGAGUCGUCGUCGGAGGCGUACAACUACUUUGGCGAGCUGCUGCUGGACCAGCAGAAGUUCGAGGAGGCCGUCGAGCAGUUUGACCGCGCCAUCGAGAUCGAGGGCGGCAAGACGAACAGCCCGAGCGUGCUGCCGAUGAUCAACAAGGCCCUGGCGCUCUUCCAGUGGAAGCAGGACAUGCCCACCGCCGAGUCGCUCUGCCGCAAGGCCCUCGAGACGGACCCGGACUGCGACACGGCCGUCGCGACGCUGGCGCAGCUGAGCCUGCAGCAGGGCAAGAUCACCGAGGCCAUCGGCUACUUCCAGCAGUCGGCCAAGAUUGCACGGACGUACCAGGAGCUGGAGAACGCCAUCACCUACGAGAACGCGUCGCGGGCACAGCUCGAGUUCAUCAAGUCGUUCCCGAAGGAGGGUGCCGCACUGAGCCAGCUCGCGCAGCUGGUGUAAGGCGUGGGCUCCGUUCGGAAAGAGCAGCGCGGCGUGGGCUGGACGGGGCGUGUGUCGGCAGGACGAGGACUGGACGGCCGUGGAGAAACAACCAACCAAGACAGGGCGCGUCGAUGCCAGUGGCCCCGUCUCAUCAUCACCUGGCGACACGGGGCAUGCUUGCCGGCC